UUGUUGAGCCUUGCCGGCCUUUAGUUCAUGUUCAUUAUUUGAAAUUCAUCUAUUGUCUUUUAUCAAAUCAGUAUUUAUCAUGCAAAUUAAAAAGGUUUUGGUUGCCGAUGCCGUCGAUACGGCUUGUGUUAAACUUCUUGAGAAGCAUUCCAUACAAGUUGAUUGCAAAUAUAAGCUACCAGUCGACCAACUGAUUGCAGAAAUUAAGAAUUACGACGGUCUUAUCGUAAGGUCGGACACCAAAGUAACUGCUGAUGUAAUCGCCGCUGGAAAAAACCUCAAAGUUAUUGGACGUGCGGGUGCUGGGGUAGAUAACAUCGACCUUAAUGCCGCCACCGCCAAAAACAUUUUAGUUCUCAACACCCCGGGGGGCAACGCCAUAAGUGCUUGCGAAUUAACAUGUGCUUUAAUUACAAACCUCGCUCGAAAUGUUACCCCAGCCGCAGCUUCCCUCAAAGCGGGAAGAUGGGACCGAAAAUUAUAUGCCGGUCAUGAACUUAGUGGCAAAGUUUUGGCCAUCUUAGGAUUAGGAAGGAUUGGACGAGAGGUUGCUCUUAGAAUGCAAGCUUGGGGCAUGAAGACCAUCGGUUAUGAUCCCAUUGUAUCCGUCGAAGAUGCCAAAAAAUUCAACGUGCAAUCAAUGACUCUCGAGGAAAUUUGGCCACAAGCUGAUUAUAUCACAGUGCACACGCCUCUAAUCCCACAAACACGAAAUUUAAUUUGCGAAAAAGUGUUCAAAUCGUGCAAAAAAGGCGUCAGAAUUGUCAAUGUCGCUCGAGGUGGUAUUAUUCAUGAGGCUGAUUUGUUAAAAGCUUUAAAGGAGGGUCAGUGCGGUGGGGCCGCACUCGAUGUUUUCGAACAGGAACCCCCAACCGAUCCUGUCACUUUGGAACUUAUCCAACAUCCAAAAGUCGUAGCGACACCCCAUCUUGGGGCCAGCACUGCCGAAGCCCAAGUCAGAGUGGCUGUUGAGAUUGCCGAACAAUUUGUUGCACUUACUGGGAAAAGCAAAGAGUAUACUACCACACCGGGUGUUGUAAAUCACAGCGUUUUAAAAAAUAUUAAGUAAUUGUAAUGACUGUUUAAUAAAGACAAUUUCUACAAA